UGCAACUUCAGUUCAUGAAGAGGACCAUAGGUCUGCCCAAAAGAUGGAAACAGCUUGUUACAGCCUUGCAGAUGAUUCUUAUUCUGUGUCUGAUUCUUUAAGUGUUGUUUCUGUGUCUGAAAUGGCUUUUUCAGCUGCCUCCUCCUGUGGUUCAAUAUUUACAGAACCUUGUACGCUGCAUGAGAAUUCAUUUAAUGACGUCCUCGCAGUAGUGUCUUGUAGCAACCGUGUUAGUGUGGCUGGCCAUGAUUCUCAUAGUUCGAAUGUACUCUCGUCAUCUAUUUCUGCUCCAGUUGCAUCUAGAGACAGGGAAGUAGCAGAGACUGGGUCCACUUGCUCCAAUGAUGUCCUGUCAUUGGAAUCUGCAGGUAACAAACAGAGUAAGCAUUUGGGGAUAUGGAGACUUGACCAGCAUUUGCACAUUUAGACAUCUUGGUGGAUGAUAUAAAUCUUAUUAGGAAGAUAGUCUUAGCAUUGUAAAUGACCUUAUCAAUGGACAAACUGACAAGUAUGUAAGAUUUAUUUAUUCAUAACUAGGAAGAAUCAGUCUUAUGUAGUUGUUUGCUUA